UACCGAAACCAGUCUUUUUUUGAAGAAAUGAAAAUAAAAGAAAGAAAGAAAGUGUAUAAAAUGAUCUUUGAAGCCAGCGAACGCUUAAGAAAACUAGAGAGAAAGAGAAAGAGAAAGAAAGGAGUUCAUUUUCUCCGACCUAAAGCCUCGUCUUUCGCCAAACUGCUUCUUCUCUACAACGUAAGGGAAAUAAAAGGAAAAGAGUAUAAAAGAAAAAGAGAGUUUUUUUUUUUCGUGGUUCGGUCUGGUGGUCGAAUUUCGAAGGAGAUACUCAGUAGCUGCAUUAUUACGUGUUUACUUUACGAGUUUACUUCAGUGUUUAGAAUUCAGGUUUUCGUUGGUUUAAUCAUUCCGUCGCUGAAAUUCACGUUAAAAUCGUUUCAAUUCAGAUCAAAGCAGAUUCGGUGACAAAAAAAUAUAAUUCUGACUCGGUCAGUUGAACAAGUGGAGAAGAUCUCUCGGAGCUGGAAAUUGUCGAAUUUUUUCAAGGAAAACGAAAGAAAAAAGUCGAGAAAGUUUUCUUUUCGAGCGUCCAAGUUAAUUACGGUUCAGAAUUUUGGAAUCUGAAUUCAAUUGCUUGGAAAGCUUUCAUGUUUUGAAAGCGUCAAGUAAAUGCGCCUCCGAUCUCAGGUGGAGGCCUAGUUUUUUACCGACGAAAUUUACUUUCUCGAGGUGAAACGGAUCUGAUAAAGCAAUCGGACAGCUCAAGCUCUGCGAAUUCAUUGAAUUGCCAUAGAAUUUUGAAUUCCGCUCGUCAAAAAUUAUAUAACGUAAUAUAUUUUCUGAUCCAAAGUUUCCCUGCAAAAAAGGGAAAAAAAAUCUGAAGCUGUAGAUGGAGCUCCCUCAAUCCCGUCCUUUCGGAGCUGAAGGAAGGAAAUCAACGCAUGACUUUCUGUCACUGUACAGUCAUCCAAGCGUCCAACAAGAUCCCAGGCCACCUUCUCAUGGCGGGUACCUGAAAACUCACGAUUUCCUACAACUGGAACGCCUAGGGAAGACAAGUGCCAAGGAGGAAACACCAGUGGAGGUAGCAACUGCUGAAAAGCCGCCACCGCCGGCACCACCUCCUUCUGUGGAACACAUUCUCCCUGGUGGAAUUGGAACUUACAGUAUAAGCCACAUUUCCUAUUUUAAUCCUAGGGUUCCAAAAGCGGAGGGGGCUAUAUAUAAUGUAGCUCAAGGGAGUAAUACCGAGAGAAAUGACGAAAACUCCAACUGCAGUUCUUACGCAGGGAGUGGUUUCACUUUGUGGGAAGAAUCUGCAGGAAAGAAGGGAAAGACAGGGAAGGAGAAUGCCGGAGAAACACCCGUUGUAAGAGAAGCGGCGGGAAAGGUCGGUCAGUGGGCCACGUCGUCGUUGGAGAGGGCGUCGCAGUCGUCAACCAACAACCAUCGCAACAGUUUCAGCUCUCUCUCUUCUUCUCAGCCAUCAUCAAAGCAGAAAUCCCAAAGCUUCAUGGAAAUGAUAAAAUCAGCAAAGGGUAGCGCACAGGAUGAUGAUUUUGAAGAAGAUGAAGAUUUUGUUCUCAAGAAAGAGAGUUCUACUACUACCCAUAGUAAAGGAGAAUUGAGAGUAAAAGUGGAUGGAAAGAGUGCACCUGAUCAGAAGGCCAACACACCAAGGUCGAAACAUUCUGCUACUGAGCAGCGGAGAAGGAGUAAAAUUAAUGACAGAUUUCAGAUGCUAAGAGAUCUCAUUCCUCAUAGUGACCAAAAGAGAGAUAAGGCCUCAUUUUUAUUAGAGGUUAUCGAGUACAUUCAGUUUUUACAGGAAAAAGUACAUAAGUAUGAGGGAACAUAUCAAGGAUGGAGCCAUGAACCAUCAAAAUUGAUGCCAUGGAGAAACAACCACAGGCCCACAGAAAAUUAUGCUGAUCAAUCUCGAGCCAUAAAUGGUGUGUCCGCUCCUGCCUUAGUUUUUUCUGCAAAGUUUGAUGAGAAAAACAUCACUGUUGCUCCAACCAUUCCUGGAAGUGCACACAACCCAAUAGAAUCUGAUAUGAGCACAGCUACUACCUUCAGAGCGAUAGACCUUUCUCCUGGAAUGAUGAAUAAGACAAUGCCCUUCCCUGUUUCACUACAGCCAAACUUCUUUGCCUCUGCCCAGAGUACUGGUGCAGCAGCUCAACUUGUACCAAGACUGCCUUCUGAUGUAGCAAACUGUGCAUCUCAGCCUCAGUCUAUAGCAUGUCAUAGUGGAUCCUUUACUACUGAUGGUGCUCUUCCUAGUGAAAAGCUGAAAGAACAAGAGCUGACAAUUGAAGGUGGAACAAUUAGCAUCUCAAGUGUAUAUUCGCAAGGGUUGUUGAAUACUCUAACACAAGCACUGCAGACUUCUGGAGUGGAUUUGUCACAUGCCAGCAUCUCAGUGCAAAUUGAGCUUGGGAAGCGAUCCAGUAGUAGGCCUACUGCUUCAGCAUCCACACUUAAGGAUAGGGAGGCUCCCACUGCAAAUCAGGGGACGACACGUUCUAGAGUUGGAUGCGGUGAGGAUUCUGAUCAACCCCUAAAGAAGCUGAAGACAUGAAAAAGGCCAGCGUGACGAUUUUUCAGGAUAUUCAUUUUUGAUUAAAUUAAUUCAUUUUUUGGAGUAGCCUGCCCUAGCCCGAGGGUUAUGCACUCAUCCUAGUUAAUAAACUAGCUAGUGGAAGACAAAGAUCCCAUGUACAUCUAGUUGAAAGCUUUCAGGUUUUGUAGGGAUGCAUAGAAUUCCCAGCAAACAAAUAUGUGAUUAUUUAUCUAUUCAUUUGUGUAAUUUACUAUAUAUAUGGAUGUUGAGAAGCUGCUUUUCAUUGAAGGCUUCCUUCAUCAUCUCAAAGUUUCUUCCCUUUUCCUUCA